AUGUUUGAUCUUUUGGAUGAGAGAGGCAUCAUAGAUUUGGGUAUAAGAAAGGAGGCUACUCUCGAGGAAGCGAUCAUGAAUUUGCGUAGAAGAAGGCGCCACAGAUCAGAUAUUCUUCAAGAAGUUGAAAGGAUACUUGAUUCGGUGAGAAGUAAUAUUCAGGGUGAGAGAGAUGAUGUCAGUAAUUGGAAACGGAGGUCGGGAUUCAGAGGGGCUUUCUCAACUAAUGAAACCUGGAUGAUGAUAAGGGAGCCUAACGUGCAGUGUGACUGGUCUCAGAGAGUUUGGUUUACUAAAGCAACUCCCAAAUUUGCAUUUAUAACCUGGCUGGCUAUGAAGGAUAGACUAUCCACAAUGGAUAGGAUUAUGAAAUGGAGCCAAGGAGUUGAUACUGCAUGUGUGCUAUGUAAGGCUGCUAUAGAGACUCGCAAUCAUCUGUUUUUCGAAUGCUCUUAUGCUUCACAGCUAUGGGAGUAUCUCGCAAAGGGUAUAUUGCUGGGUACUUAUUCCAUCAACUGGUCUUUAUUGGUGAGGAUAGUUACAAGUGGAAGUUUGGAUAAAAAGGGAAUGUUCUGCAUUAGAUAUGCUUUCCAGACUGCUAUCUAUGCUAUUUGGAGGGAGAGAAAUCGUAUCAGGCAUGGGGAGAAACCUUUACCUAUUGCCAUGCUACAAAAGCUUACUGAGAAGGGGAUUAGAAACAAGUUGAGUUUGAUGAGUACAAGGAAGAGGAGAGGUUUAGAGACUGCUCUUCAAUUUUGGUUUCAAACAAGACUUUAA